AUGGGAGGAUGUCACAGUAAGAAAGUUGUAAUCCCAGACUUUGAAACCCCAGGGAGAUGCAGGCCGAUGUUUGGAAGUUGUCAGUCAGAUACACGGCCACAAACCAGAACAUCGGAAGACUUACCAGUCAAUAGACAGGCGGCGUUUACCUUGGAACAACUGGAACACUUGGAGACUUGCCUGAAGGAAGCAGAAGAGAAGGCUAGCGCUCUAUUGGAACAGCUUACAGCCUCCGAAGAAGCAAAACUGCAGCUGCUUGAGAAAGUUUCCUUGCUGGAAAAACGACUGCAGGCUGUGAGCCAGAGGAGUGCUGGAGGAGAGUCCUAUGAAAACAUGGUGCUUGAGAAAGACAAGUGCAUUGAGAAGCUGCAGGCUGAGGUAAAAGCUUCCCAGGAGAAACUUACAGCCCAUAAACUAAAGCACAAAAAGGCAGUGAAAAAGCUACAGACUGACUUGGCAAUAGCUAAGCAAGAGGCUGCCAUUACUGUCCUGGAACUCAAUGAGAAGAUAAAGAUACUCUGUGAAGGAAGGCCUUGCCCUAGAGCAUCCGGCUCAGUAGAAGUGCCCUAUGGAGGUCUCCCGCCUGUGGAAGAAGGGGACAGAAAGAUCAGCCUGAUCAUGGAGCUGUCCACCCAGCUUUCCCUGCAAACUGAGAAGAUCACUCAGCUCGAAGAAGUGUUAGCAGAAAAGGAGCAGAAGAUUGAGGCGCUGGUUGCUAAACGCAGUGACCAGCUCUCCCAAGAAGACACAAACCUUACAGAAGAUUUCCAAGAACUCCCCGUUGUAUGUGAUGAUAAGAGCGUUCCCGUGGCCUCUGAUGAGGAGUUGUAG